AAUUUAAUUUAUAUAACUGUAUAUUAUGGCUUGCUAUACUAACAGAAUUGUGAUCAUAGAUUAAGCUUGAUCUGUUUGUUCAGCAUAAGUACUGCGAAAUUGAUUGUAUCUGUGACUGAGUGUGCGUGUGUGUGUGUGUUCAUGUGUGCGUCUUUGCGUGUACGUCUUCCGUUUGUCAGUGUGGUUUCUCGUUAAAAUGCUAGCACAGUGGAAACUCCCACCUUGCAAAAUAGAAAGAUUUGAAAAAAACAGUAACACGUUAAGCAUCCACUUCCUUUGAGAGAAAAAAAAGAGUUCAGCGACUAAAUCGUGAGAAGAGAGUGAGAGAAAGAGCCGGAUUAAUACCAGAGACAAGACUAAUUUUCUCACUGGGCACCAGAAAGUGGAGGCAAAGAAAUUAAGAAGAAAGAGAGGAUCUCACCAUGAGAAAAGACUUAAUCUUCUCCCUGCUUGUUCUCACUUUCCUGAAGACAGGUAAAUCCAAAAGCAGGAUCUCCAUAUUUCAGAGGCUAGAAGAUGGGGAGCUGACUGUGACUUGUAACCUUUUGAGUGAGGACAAAGUUACCCAAAUCAACUGGGAGAUGGUUAUGGGGCAAAAUCGCAGCAAACUGGGGAUCCUCCACCCCCAGUUUGGCACACACGUCUACUCAGACCACAAAAGGAAUGUGAAAAUAGAGAGCAGUUCCUCCCAUCAUACUACCUCCCUCAAACUGAUCGAAGCAGACAUGGGAAAUAGUACCAAGCACUGCUGCUUGUUCAUUACCUUUCCCUCUGGGAACCUGGAGGCCUGUGCAGACUUCACCAGCACAAAAACUGCAGAGGCCCCAGAAUUGGAAGCACAUAUACAGACAGUCACGGGGGGCUGGUGGAAGUGGGUGGCAGCUGUCACUGUUGUCACGGUCCUCACAUUGAUUGUCGCAUACUACCUACGCAGGAGGUAUUACAAUAGCAGGAGGGAAGUAUUUCAGGUUGAACAAGCAUUUCUCACAGACCCACAGACAGACUCACAGGAGUCAAGAAGAGAGCAGCCCCAGUCAAGUCCCCAGAAAGAAUCCUCUGAGGCAUUUGACCCGUCUAAGCUCUAUGCCAAGAUAAAAAUCGACUAUUACUAUGGCAGACUGUGGAAGGCCUACGAAAGUAAUACCCGUGGCUGGACCAAGGGGCCCCAGCCAAAGAUUUAUCACCUGCUGGGGGAAAAGCCGCCACAACAGAAAGACAAUGAGGAGCCCCAACAGGGCUGAGACACAUUUUCUAGCUGCAUUAAGCACAGUGUGUCAAAUUUGGCAUACAUACCCACAAUAUUCAAUAUUUCAAUAUGAUUCUGUAUACACAGUAUGUUGCUUCAAUAUUAUGGAAGUGUUAUAAAGUAAAUGUAACUAUGUUUACCAAAUGUAUAGGUGAAUUAUUUCUUUAUCCAAAAAGUGUGUAUUUUCCUUAUUCCAGAUGUAAAAAUUAGUGUCAUAACAUGCCAAAUUGUCUACAUAUAUAUAUAUAUAUAUAUAUAUAUAUAUCAUCUUGC